GUAAAGACGUGCAUUUCUUUCCUCGUCCCAGGAACCCACUUUUGAGUUGGACAUCUCCGAGAGAAGGCUGAAAAAGUCGUCCGUUCCGAGUUUAGUAACGUUCAUCUAGUGCCCUGACGAAGGUGUUCCUCUCCCGGUCUUACCUGAGAUUGAGUGUCGUCUGUGUUGGGUUCAGCGUUGAGUUUCCGUCAUCUACAUCUGCUAGGAGCUAAGGCAAGCCAAGUGUUGUUCCUGGUGGGGAAGAAGCUUUGUUGUAGAGCCGUGCCUGGGCUACCAGCAGGUGCUCUGGAACACUGGAACGCCCUCCGUGUCUGGCAGUCUCUGAUCUGUGGCCGCCUCGGCAACCAGGCUACGGCGACGCUCCUGCUGAAACGACCGAGCGAACCCUAGCGCGCGGCACGCGGUGCGGAUGUCCAAUAAUUUUGAUCACAAUAGUUCCGCGUCCAUUGUGUUCACACGCUUAUCAUCGCAGUGAUCGAAAAUUCCUGGUUUUCAAAGAAACGAAGAAAACUUGUUCUUUCAAAGUUUUGAAAAUUAAAAGAUCGAAAUUUGUAUUUUCAUACUAAAGGUUUCGUUUGCGAAGGCCAAGACUUGAAUUGAUCACAGUAAUAGAUCCAGCAAGGAUAAAAAAUUGUGGUAAUUGCGAUCAAGAUUUUUCCAUGAGUCGCUGAAAUCAGUGAAUUUUUUCCAUACGUGUCGCAAGCUGAUGACUGAAUCUGUGAAAAGAAAUUAUAUAAGUAGCUUUGCAAUUUUUAAGAAACUUCUGAUACGUUACCUGAUUAUUCCAUCAUCAACGGGUUUUCCAGCUGACUGAAGAAAGGUAGAGUUUGAAAAGGGACUCGCUUGGAAGUUCGAGGGCCAACUUAGUUAAAUAUUGCCAAUCCUAGGAAAAGGAUCGAGAAAUAUUAAUUUCGAUGAAGUUUUUCACAUGCCAGAAGCAUUAGGGAAUUAAUGAGAUUCAAUUAAUCAAUUGUUAUAUGUUGUGUUGAAUUAUUACUCACUAGAAAUUAUUUGAUAUCUGUUGGUGUUUUUAUUCGAUAAUAUUAGUUUUGUUUGUUAAGCUCAUUAAGUGGAUUCAACACAACUCACUAGCUGAAAUUAAUUAGAAUGAAUAAAAGAGAAUCCGUUAAUGUUCUCAAGUGGUAGAAGUGAAGCGCGCAUGAAAAACUGCCCAGAUAUUUUAAACGGAAGUGAUGAGCAAUCAAAUUUUUUAAGAGGUUGGUCACCGAUAAAUUAAACUCCUGCUGUGAGCAUAUAAUUGGAAAGACACAAAUAAAAAUCCUUAGGAUUGAUAAUUAAUCCUAUAAAAGUUAUCUAACGGAAAAAAUGACCAUGUCGACCAUGUCAUCACCACCACCAACAAUGAACCAAAGUCACCCAGGGAGUCACCACCCUCACCAAACUGAGGAUCAUCACCAGCAUCCGCAACACCAACAACCUCACCAUCAUCCACACCAACCAUUGGACCUACAGUCCCAGUACUACCAACCUCCUCACCAGCGUUUCGGAUCAUUCAACUCGUCGUUCAGUUCCUUCAACCCAUCAUUCAACUCGUUCAACUCGAUGACGACGUUCAACUCAUUCGCUGCGGGAACCCAAAACUGGGCGCCAGAGCCGAAAGUCGCCGAUUCGCUGGUGAAUGAAUUACAG